GUGAUCUCGUGUGCGCACAAGCCCCACCCUCGAAACUGGUUACCUGCGUGCAAACGGGCGCCCAGGGAAGGCUGGCACAAAAGUCAAGAGAAGAAAGAAGAAGAAAGAGCACCCCAGACCACAAUCGCCGUCGGUGAGAGAAGGAGUCACAUUUCAAGGCCGGAUGUGGAGGCAGCGACGGCACUGAGCAGAGCUGGUCUGGUUUGCUUUUCUCCUUUUGGGAACUUCAGCUUGGGCUGCGCCCCUGGGGUUGUGAAAGCGCCGCGCUGGCCAUGGGUUCUGGCUAAAGGUCCUUCCUCCUCCUGAGCAAUCCAGAAAGCAGUGAGGACUUGGGCUGUGCCUGAUCGUCAGAAGGGGCGUGGGGGACACGUUUCUUUCUCUGUGCUGCUUUCCAGCGGGGGGGGCCCCCCACCUCUCCAAGGAGAGAGCAAACAACCCAGCAACAUGAAGGACUACCGGCUGCAUCCCCAGGAAAGGAAAAUGAACAUUUAUAGUCCCCCGCCAGGAGCCCAGGCGACGGACUUUGAGUCAGGCCUGUAUUACAGCGGGAAGGCACAGGACAUGAAUGGCCUCGAGGAAGGGGUGCAGUUCCUCCCUGUCAUGAAUGCCAAGAAGCUGGAGAAGCGCGGCCCAAAGCGUUGGGUGGUGGUAGUAGCAGUCAUCUCAGCCUGCCUUCUAGUUUCCCUUCUGGUUGGGUUCCUGGUCUGGCACUUCAAAUAUCGGAAUGCCUCCAUUCAGAGGCUCUACAAUGGCCACCUAAGACUGACAGGCACUCGAUUCAUUGAUGCUUUCGAGAAUUCCAACUCCCCUGAAUUUGCUGCUCUUUCCAGCAAAGUAAAAGAAAUGCUCAUAGAUAUCUAUAAAAAUGAUAAGAAUGUUGGUCCUUUCCACAAGGAGACAGAGAUCACGGGAUUCAGUGAGGGCAUCAUUGCUUAUUAUUGGUCAGAAUUCAGUGUCCCGGGGUAUAAGGCGAACAACCUUGACAAGGCCAUGGCAAACAUCGGGGCUGUGAAUCAAGCAGUGACACAGAAGUCACGAAAUCCAGAGUUGCGAGUGGAGUCGGUCGUUGCUUUCCCUUCUGAUCCUGAGGCAAUUAAGGCUUCACGGGACAACAGCUGCCGCUACGCCUUGCAUGCCAAAGCAGGAGAAGUCACCAGGUUCACCACGCCGGGAUUUCCCAACAGCCCUUACCCUUCCAAUGCCAACUGCCUGUGGGUGCUGAGAGCCGAUGCAGACUCCAUCAUUAGCCUGACCUUCACGACCUUUGAUGUGGAGCCGUGCAAUGCAGGGAACGACUUUGUGAAGGUGUAUGACUCACUCAGCCCAGGGGAGCCCCAUGAAUUGGUGAAGCUAUGCGGCAGCUACGAUCCAUCGUACAAUCUGACCUUCGUAUCUUCCAAAAACGUCAUGCUGGUCAUGUUGAGCACCGAUGCUGUCGGGCGGCAUCCCGGGUUCAAGGCCGAGUUCUUCCAGAUGCCAAAGCUGAAAAUCUGCGGUGGGGUUUUGAGAGGAACAUCUGGAGUUUUCACCACCCCUUAUUACCCCGGCCACUAUCCUGCUGUUAUGAACUGCACGUGGCGCAUAGAGGUUCCCAAAGAGAAGAAUGUGAAGGUGCGUUUCAACGACUUCUACCUUGUGGAGCCUGGAGUUACAGUUGAUCGCUGCACCAAGGACUAUGUUGAAAUCAACAAGGAAAAGUAUUGUGGGUGGCGUGAAAAGUUUGUGGUAAAGAGUUCGAUGAACACGAUUACUGUCAACUUCCAUUCGGACCGUUCCCACGUGGACACAGGCUUCUCGGCGGAGUUCCUGUCGUUUGAUUCAACCGACCCUUGUCCAGGCAGAUUCACCUGCAGCACCGGCCGUUGUAUUGAGAAAAAGUUGCACUGUGAUGGCUGGUUUGACUGUCCGGAUGGCAGCGACGAACGCAAUUGCACUUGUACCGAGAAGCAGUUCCGAUGCAACAACGGCUGGUGCAAACCAAAAUUCUGGCUUUGUGACGGCGUGAAUGACUGUGGGGACAACAGCGAUGAACUGCAGUGCCUAUGCCCUGAGACUCAAUUUAAAUGCAACAAUGGAAAAUGUAUCCCGGGGGUCCAGAAAUGCAACGGCAAGGAUGACUGUGGCGAUGGGAGCGACGAGAGAAAGUGCAACAACACCGCAAAGACAGUCCAUUGCCAACAAUACACCUACAAAUGCCGCAAUGGCUUGUGUGUAAGCAAGACAAACCCAGAAUGUGAUGGGACAGCGGACUGCAGUGAUAAUUCAGAUGAAGACAACUGCAACUGCGGAAGGCGCUUCUUGAGCAAGAAGUCCCGCAUUGUUGGAGGGCUGAACUCUGAGGUGGGGGAGUGGCCCUGGCAGGUCAGUCUACACGUCAGUAGUCGGGGUCACACCUGCGGAGCCUCCUUGAUCUCCGAGAAGUGGCUAGUGUCGGCAGGGCACUGCUUUCAGGAUGAAAACCCCAUCAGGUAUUCGGAUGCCAAGAUAUGGACGGCAUACAUGGGCCUUCACGACCAGAGUGACCGGAGCAACAAGAAUGUCCAGCAACGGGGCAUCAAACAGAUCAUUCGCCACCCAAGCUUCAAUGACUUUACUUUUGACUAUGACCUCGCUGUGUUAGAACUGGAUAGCCCCGUCACUCUCACCAACUACAUCCAGCCCAUCUGCCUGCCUGACAUCACCCAUGAGUUCCCUGCUGGCAAAUAUCUCUGGGUGACGGGGUGGGGAGCCACUCAAGAAGCAGGUACGGGUGCCACCAUUUUGCAGAAAGCAGAAAUCCGGAUGAUCAACCAAACCAUGUGCAACUCGCUGCUGACCAAUGCGAUGUCGGAACGCAUGAUGUGUGUGGGGAUCCUGACAGGAGGGAUCGACGCCUGCCAGGGAGAUUCUGGGGGACCACUGGCCAGCAUAGAAGACAAUGACAGGAUGUUUCUGGCUGGCGUGGUGAGCUGGGGAGAUGGCUGUGCCCGACGGAACAAGCCCGGAGUCUACACACGGGUGUCUCAGCUACGGGACUGGAUCAAGCAGAAAACAGGUGUAUAGACUGCUGCAGUGAUGGUGCGAUCCAGUCUCCCAUGUUCUGUCUCUGGUUCUGUCGAGCGGGGGUUGAAGAGAUUCCCACAUGAUGUGAAAGGAACUCUGCGUAUCUUGUUCUCUCCCAUACUUCUCCCCUUUUGCUGCUGUCUGGAACAAUUGGCUUGUCUGAUUUUGUCAUCCAUGGCCCCAAAGAUGGACAGUUGCCAGCUUGAGAACUUUCUCCCCGCUCCAUCUCCAGAGAUGGGCUGGCGGUUAUUGUAGCAUGAACCUGUUUCCAGGUGUGGCUUCACCUUCAAGGGGGCUGGCUCUCCCACAACAUGCCCUACCUCUGUGCGGGCUGCUUGAGGCAAGGCGUGAUGGGUGUGCCACCUACGAAAUGGGACUGCAGUGCUCACCAGUUGGCAGAAUGCAGGGAAGAGGCUGUCCAUUGGAAACCCAAGUGGCUACACUCUGUUGUGUUUCUGGAGAUUGGGUGGUAUGUGGUGGGGUUCUGCGGUUUUAGGACUAAACUUGUCUAGCCAGCAUCUGUGACCUCCUUCUGCUUUUGCUGUUGUUGUUUCCUUCUCAUGGUCAGCUGGCUUCACUCUGUGGAGGGAACCUCUAAUGUUUGUUCCUCAAAGUCUUGCUAGCCAGCAUGUCUGAUGCAGUAGAACAGGGAUUCUCAAUGUUGUGUCCUCAGACAUUAUUGGACUUCGGCUCCCAUAAUCCCCAGCCCAGUGGCCUUUGGUUGGGGAUUAUGGGAGUUGAAGUCCAAUAACAUCUGGGGACUCAACGCGGAGAAUCCCUGCAGUAGAGGAACAUCCUCUUUAGAAGAAUCAUCAUUUGCUGCCAUUGCUGUCCUGAAGACAGACAAAGAUAUCCGAUGUUUUGUUUGCUAAAUGCAUCCUAUCCAUAGGCUUUGAUCUGUGCUUGCUUUUAGUAGUUUGAUCUUAAAAAUUUUCUUAAUGGUGAGUUUCACUUUUAAUUGAACAGUGAACUAUGAAGUGCUGCAGUCAAACAUAUAGACUGGCAAGUGACCAGUGUUCUCUGUAACGGGGCUUGCCAGAUAUUGGCUACAACUCCCAGCAUCCCUGGCUGCAGUAGUAUUUGGCUGGGGAUUAUAGGAGUUGUAGUCAACAUUGGGCAAGCCCUGUUACAGCGAACUGCUUGUGACUGAUGUUUUCUCUCUCUCUCUCUGGGUCACACUGCCCCUACCGCAAUCUGCCACUUUUAAAAAGUCUUGAGGUUGUGCCUGGAAGAACAUGAACUGUAUACUUUAUCCACAGACUCCUCCUCCAACCCUUGAAACUCAUUUGUAAGCAGUGUUCCCUGUAAGAGGGGAUCCCAGAUGUUGUUGACUACAGCUCCCAGCAUCCCCAGCCAAAGCCCAAUGCAACUGGGGAUGCUGGGAGCUGUAGUCAACAUCUGGGAUUCCUUCUUAUAGGGAGGACUGUUCUGAAGUCACAUGACACUUUUUUUUAGAAAGAACCUUUAGCAUUCACCCACUGCAUUGUGUUAACCUGCUGUCUACGAAUGUCCUUUUGGAUUUAAGUCUCUUCCCUUUUUUUGAGUGGAUAAGUGCCUGAAUAAUUGGCAGAGUGGAGCUGUGUGCAGAUCUCUUCACUUCAUGGACUAGUUUUAAAGAUUUGUAUUUUCGGCACUGGUGCCAUCUGGUCCAACAAGUGUUGCUGUCCAGGCAGAAAAAUGCAAGUCCUUAAAAAAUAAAGACACCAUUGGCCUUUAAGUUGCGUAAACUCACACAGUUGCCUUUAUGCGAUGAACACUUAGACCCAAAGAUGAGACUGUGUUACUGAGGUUUCGUGACUUAUUAUGCAGGACUUGCUGAAAUAGUUGCAGAUUAUGCAUGCCUAACUGCCUGCAGGAUUGCACCCUGUUGGGUAGUGGAUAGCUAAAGGCAGGUCUGUUCCUGCUAUGGGUGCAGGUGGGUGGGUUUGCAUGGGAGAGGAGUGUCAGAUCUCAAUAUUCCAAAUCCCUGGCUGGCUUGCCUUCUAAAAGCCAAGCUGAAUCUUGAGAUUCUGGGUAUCCUCUAAGGCAAGUGUUCCCCAACUAUUUAUUGUAGCUGAUGGGAGUUGUAGUUCCGCAGCAUCCGGAGGACCACAGCUUGGUAAUUCCUGCUCUAAGGCAUAGGCAACCAUGGCUCUCCAGCUGUUGCUGAACUACAACUCCCAUCAUCCCCCUGCUGCAAUAAACUGCUCCCCCUGCUCUAAGGCUGGAUCUUGAGCGGUGUUCCCUGUAACAGAGAAGCCCAGAUGCUGUUGACUACAGUUCCCAGCAUCCUCGGCUCCAGUGAGCUUUGGCCGGGGAUGCUGGGAGCUGUAGUCAACAGCAUGUGAGAUUCCCUGUUACAGGGAAUGCUGAUCUUGAGCUUCUGGGUAUCCUCUUAAGCAAAGAGUAUAUGUAAAUUAAAGGAGAUGGCUAUUGGAAACUCGAUGGAGCUUUCAUGGAGCACAUCUUAGACCCCUGUGAAAUGCUGCAAGUUCUAGUUGUCUCCAAGUUUGGGUCCUAGAGAGCUUGCUGAAUGACCGCAUCCUGAGCAUGGCAUGCUGGGAUGUAUGGGGAGGCUCUCCAUAGGGUUCAGAAUGAUCAUAGGGUUCCAGCCCAGGUAAAUGCUUUCAGACAUCGUAUGACGGUGUGGGUGGGGGGGGGGGGGACGCUCUGCAGGUUGGGGCACCGUGGACCAAACAGACUUGAAACACUGGCUGCACUUUCCAUUUGUCCCUGUUUCUCCCCCCGCCACACUUUUUUAAAAUAGAAGAACUGAAUAGAUGUAGGUAGCAGUGUUCCCUGUAACAGAGAAUCCCAGAUGCUGUUGACUACAGCUCUCAGCAUCCCCAGCUGCAGUGGGCUUUGGCUGGGGAUGCUGGGAGAUGUAGUCAACAACAUCUGGGAUUCCCUCUUACAGGGGACACUGGUAGGUAGAGAGGUGUUUGUGUUUGUGUGUGUGUGUGAAACUUUUUUCUGCCCCCUUGUGGGUCAGAUUGGCAUUGCCACAAUGUGCCUUAACGUAUGACUUUGUUAAAAAUUCGGAUAUAUAUUUAAAUAUAGGGAGCACUAUAGCGCUUUCCUUCCUCUCUGUCUGCCGAGGUUCUUUAGAGCUGCUUUAUUGGUAUAAGCAGGAGUUCUCAAACUUGGGUCCCCAGAUGAUGAUGGACCUCAAUUCCCAUCAUCACCAGCCACAAUCGCUGAUGGGGAUGAUGGGAAUUGUAGUCCAGCAACAUCUAGGGAGCCAAGUUUGAGAACCCCAACUAUAAGAGUUGCUUUUAGCAUGCAGGGUUGAACUCUGCUUUCUGUUUUGGGAUAUGCGGGGCUGGGAGUGAAAAAUAUAAGGGUCAGCAGUGACUGAUUGGAUAUAUUUUAACACUAUGGAGGCUCCAAUCCUGUAGGAUUGGUGAGGAACAGAAAACAUUGGAGAGAAGAGCUGGGUAAUAUGCACUCCAGGUGGACAAGAAGGGAGAGCAAUGGCUCAGGGUAGGAAGGUAGGAUUCCUUUUUCCGGGCUAUCUUUAGGACAAUUCCAAGGGUAAAGCAAUCGGGCAUGUUACCACUUUUUUUUUUCAAUGACUGUAGCUGUAAGCAAACUUUCAAGUUGAUGUUCUAUAUACCCGCUGGCAAGAUAACAUUGCCUAUUAUAAGGCCAUAUUUUUACAAAAGCGAAUAUUAUAAUGAGCGUCUGAAAUGUGUGAAAUGUUAACGGAACCAGAAAUGAUGUCCAAUAUUUUUGAUUCCAUUACUAAUAUAUAUUUGCCUAUUUCAGAUACUACCUAUAAUAAUUUUGUAAAAAUAUGGCCCUAUAGUAGAUGUUCUCUUUCCAGUUGGGUAUACAUAAUAUCAACUUGAACAUUUGCUUAUGGCUAUAGUCAUUGAAAAAGUAGUAACAUGCCUGAUUCUGUUGUUCUUGGAACUGGCAAACUCUGUGUUUCUGAUGGUGACUGUAGAUUUUGUAAUGCUUAAUGCCCUAUGAAAGGCAAAGAUGGCUGAAAUAUUUAUACACACCUGUGCUGGUCUUGCUCUGGUUUUCUGUUUUUUUAAAUUCCCCCCUUGGUUGGUCCAGGUUAUAGGUUGGGGAACUGAAUGCAAGACCAAAAUUGAAUAAUUCAUAAUGCAGGGGAAAUGUGCUUAUUUGUUUGAAAAGGGUGUUUUAGAAAAUGCCUCAAAAUGCCACUUGCUUGCAAAAUUAAGUAGUGAGAAUAUAGAUGUGAGUUUUGUUUCCUUAAUUUAUCUAUUUUAUUUUAAGUGUUGUGAAUCGACUGACUCAAUCUGAUAUCCGGAUGCAAAUGUACAUAAUGUAUCAUGUUAAUGUUGUAAAUAUACUGAAAUGAAUGGAAACCCAUCCCUGCCUUGAUUUAUCUCCCCACCACACACCCUUGUUUCUUGGUUUUUUUCAAAUGUUUGAAUGAAUUGGGAAAAUCUGUAUUAAAGCUGGAUUUUUAUACUGAA